GCGAGAGGGCAGAGACUCAUCAGAGAGUAUAGAGAGCGUCAACAACGUGUUUUUGUGUAUAUACAGUCGAAUUUUCAACUUUUAAGAAUAAAAUUCGUUGUAUUUUUUGAUAAAGUAGCCGUCAAUAAUGGCAGAAUUUGUGCAGAAGAAGAUCGAGGACAUGCGUCCUGUCCUCGAACAGAUGAAGAACUUAAAAUUAUUCACUGACCACGAGAUUCGUGGAAUAACAAAAAAGUGGAGGGAUCAUGAAUAUAAACUACAAAGACACACAAAAUCGAAGGAAGAUUAUUUGAGAUACAUUCAAUAUCAGAUGGACUUGAUGAAACUUGUUAAGCAGCGCAGAGAGAAAUGUGGAAUAACAAAAAAGAAGACUGAUAUUGAUUUUACAAUAGCAAAUAAAAUUAACCAUCUGUACAAGGAAGCUAUUAUGAAGUUUCAAGAUGAUUUAAGGUUUUGGAUUGCUUACAUGACAUUUUGCAAACAUGUGAAAUUCCACAAAUGUGUGAGCAGAAUGCUUGGCAGGAUGCUUGCUGUACAUCAGGAUAAACCAAAAUGUUGGCACAUAGCAGCUCGUUGGGAAAUCGAAGAAAAUAAUCAAAAUUAUUUGAAUGCUAAAAGUUUUCUUUUACGCGGCUUACACUUUCAUCCGAAUUCUCAGUUACUAUACAGUGAUAUGUUUAAAUUUGAAUUAGAAGAAUAUGAACGAGCUAUGGAGAAAAAGAAAAAGUCAGAACCAGAGCCAACAGUGUCCAAUGAUAAGAAAAAUUCAGAAAUGCCAAAAGAAUUAGCAAAGGCCGUUAUUGUUUAUCAACAGGCUUUCAAGAAAGUCAGAGAUGUGAAGUUUAUUAUUGAUUUAUUGAAUAUUUCUCAAGAAUAUGAGAAUACCGAAAAGCUACAAAAUAAAAUCGUUAGUGACGUAGUUAUUGAAUAUCCAUAUGAACCUUUGAUGUGGGAUACUAUGGCUCACAGGGAACUCAAGGGUUUAGUUCAGCCUACCAUAGGUAAUGAAGAAACUUCUAUGGAAGUAGACACUGAGCCCACUUCGUUACGCGAUCGCAUCAACAACUGUUAUGAAGUUUAUCAAGCUGCAGUGAAGAAGAUUAAAACAGUAGAAAUGUGGUCAUUAUUCAUUGAUUGUAUGCUCGAAAUUAAUCAAGAUAUGGAUACAUUGCCAAAUUUCAAGCGCAAAUUAUUAAAAAAUGCCUUGUUACAAGGGCAUCAAGCAAAGAAAUUAAAAGAGAAAUAUUACUUAAACUGGAUUGACAUGCUUAUCAAUACCAAUCAAGUCAAUCAGGACAAUAAUGCCCAAAGUAAGCUGUAUGAAGUCCUUUGCUGGGCAACUGAAGCUUUACCUGAAAGCGAAAGUCUUUGGCAUGCGCGUCUGCAUCAUUUGCUUAGUACUGACCAGGAAGAAUUAGCAAAUGAAACUUUCAACAAAGCUGUAGAAAUUUUAGGGAAAAAUUCUCUAUCACUAUGGCAGUUGAAGCUACUUCACGUUCAAGCUAAAAAUCCUGAAAAUCUUGAAACAUUCUUCCAACGAGCUUUAAAAUGUGAAGCUGCCAUUAGUAACCACAUUAAGCCCAUCUACAUAGAAUGGAUUGUACUGACUAAAGAUAUAAUUGUAGCACGAAGAGCUUAUGACACAUUGUGCCUUCAUCCGCCUCCGUGUUUGGAACUUCACAAAAAAAUGGUUACCCUCGAACUCUUGCAACCUGAAUUUUCUCUGCAAAAUGCUCGAAAACCUCACGAGAUGAUGAUCCUACAAUUCGGAAAAGAAAGUACCGACGUAUGGAUGGAAUUCAUUACGUUUGAAUUGAAACACGGAGAGCCUUCGAGGGUAGGGACUCUCUAUAAUAGAGCUAUAACAACUUUGAAACCUUCAAUGGCAGAUAAUUUCAUCACUGAAUAUAGUUUAAUUAAAGCGAAUCCAGAGUCGCUCGGGGGGAUGCCUUUGUAAAUAUUUAAAAUGGUAUUCUGAUAAUAUCAUUUAUGAUCUAAUGUUACACGAAACAUUACCUGCAAACUAGGAAAAUUUAUAUAAAAAGAUUUUAUAUUUAACUUCCAUGUAUAUAUUUAAAUUAUGAAAGUAAUUUUACUUUUGAUCUUUGUGAAAUUUGUGUGAAAUAUUAUUUUAAAAAGGCUCUUUUGGUAUCAUAAGGAAGCUCAUUAUUUAUAUCGGUUAAAAUAAUAUUUCUAUCAGUUUCGUUUUGUACCCGACUGCCAUCUCUGAUGAUUAAAGUUGAACGCAUGUCCAAGCACAUAAUAUCCGUC